UCCUUUUCACCUGCUAUAGUGUUUCGGCCCUGGUGACAAAAACACAUGUGCCUUCAUUUUGACCCAUUUAAUUUCUUUACAUAAAAAGAAUUGACAAAAUCUCCUAAAUGCGAAUCUGUGACUGUACUGGACGAACUAUGUAUAUUUAUGAUUCAUUAUUUUGAUUAUUUGAGCAUAGUUCAGGGUAAAUUCCGUUUGACCCUUGAGUUCUCGAGACCACUAUACCAAUGAACAACACACACCCAGCUUCGGGAGAAACGGGGACUUCAGUGAUCGUACAUGUAUUCAGUUGCUUUGUCAAUAUAAUCUUCAAGCUAACAGCCAGUAUUCAGUACCUCAUUUCCCAAAAGACGACUCGGCUAACAGUGAAUUUAUCAAUGAUUUCCUAUCUCAAGACUGUUGAUUGGUUCAGUAUUUGUCUGGCGCGUGAUGUUGUUGUUAAAGUUAAAUUGGUCAAGUCUUCUGUGAUCAAGAAAUGAGACCAAUAUGUUACCUACAUCGAUUAUUUCUUCAACGUUGGAAGAAGAUCAUGUUCAGAAAGGUGAAAUGGGAGCAACUUUAGGAGCUCAUUCAGUGAGACAACAGAUAACUCUACAGCCGAGAACUAAAGCUGUUGAUAAAAAACCCUAUCUACAGUCAAGAGGAAGCCCUAAAACCGUUGGAUUCUCCGACGACGAUGAACAAUACAAAAGCAGAAGAGAAAAUGAUGGAACUGUAGAGAAUGGUUUUCAUGGUAAGGAUGGCAGAGAUGGGCAGGAUUUUGCGACAGAUGCAGUUAAAGUUUCUCCUGGGAGAAGGAACAGAAUAACACUGAAUGUAUCUGGAUUCAAAUUCCAGACCUAUAUCGAUACCCUACAAAAAUUCCCCAACACUCUGCUUGGGAACUCAGAAAAACGAUCAGAAUAUUAUGAUCGAGAAUUACAUGAAUAUUUCUUCGAUCGUAACAAACAAGUAUUUGAAAUAAUUCUGUAUUUUUAUCAGUCAAAUGGACGGCUUGUUUGUCCACCAGAUUUGGCUCCAGAAAUUCUGCUUGAAGAAGUUGAGUUUUUUGAACUCGGAGAGACUGCAAUAAACGCUGUUAAAGAACUACUUACAGAUGAAGAACCUGAUGAAGAAGUGAGAGAAUUACCAAAAAACCAGAUACAACAGAAGAUAUGGAAUUUAUUCGAAUACGCUGAUUCGGGGAAGGCGGCGCGUAUUGUAGCCUUAUUUUCGAUUUCUAUUAUUGUUGCUUCCAUUAUCGUGUUAUGUGCAGAAACUUUACCAAAUUUUCGCGUACUGCCAGAGUCUAAAAAUCCUAACAAUACUGCCGAAGUGGAGAGGAUAAGAAAACACAACCAGUUUGCAAAGACAGGGAAGACAUGGUUUAGGUAUUUAGAGUCUGCGUUUAUCGCUUGGUUUACGCUGGAAUAUCUCGUCAGAUUCUUCUCAAGUCCCAGAAAGCUAGUUUUCGUUCGAUCAUUUUUGAACGUUAUUGAUAUCUUAGCUAUUGUGCCUUUUUACAUUGAUUUGAUUAUUCAAAACGUAGUGAGCGACAGCGAGACGCUCUCUCUGGCUUUCCUCCGAAUUCUUCGUCUCGUCCGAGUGUUUCGUAUAUUCAAACUCUCUCGACAUUCUAGCGGUUUACAAAUACUUGGUCUGACACUUCGUAAAAGUCUUCGUGAGCUUGGCUUACUAGUGUUCUUCUUGAUCAUCGGGGUAGUCAUCUUCUCCAGUAUGGCUUACUACGCUGAAUCCGGGGAACCUGACACCCAUCUAGGGCGCAGUAUCCCGGAUGCAUUUUGGUGGGCGGUGGUAACCAUGACAACCGUAGGAUAUGGUGACUUGGUGCCGAAGACAUUGUUUGGUAAAUUGGUUGGUUCCUGUUGUGCUAUUUGCGGCGUCUUGGCCAUCGCACUGCCUGUUCCUGUAAUUGUAUCUAACUUUGAUGCAAUAUACAAGAAGCACAGAAGCCGUAAGAUCAAACAAGGAUCUGAUGACGACGAAUCGAAGAAGAUAAGCAUCAUGGUUUCCUCGGCUUCUUCUUCAUCUUUCAAUGACGAAGAAUCGUCGUCACCGACCUUCGAGAGGAAAUCCAACUCGGAAGAAACACCUCUAUGGAGCAGGAAAGAAAAUCCUUUGCCUGCUAAAAAGAAGCUUAAUGGCAACUUGCUACCAGGAAAAGACCCAGAAGAAGAGAAGCUGUUAACGAAUGGGAAUUAUUUGGCUGGUAAUGUUGAUGAUGAGACACAGAAUGAGAAGAAAAAUCCCACAGAAUUUGAAAUGGAACAACUGAGAGACGAGAGAGAAUCAAAUCCUGAAGCUGAUUCUGAGAAUAACGGGUCUACUCGAGUUUGACACAAGUUUUGUCGACUAUAAACAAGAAAUAACUCAACAUAUCACUAAUAUAAUAUGAUAUGUGACGGCUAAACCAGAGGUAGAACACUUAGUGACACAGGAAGCCCAAGCCUGCAACGGAGAAACAAGAAAGUAUAGUUGGGUUAUGUGGACAAACGAAGUGAAUAAUUGUUGGUCAACCUAGCCCGGUUCUAUGUACUGAAAUCGCUUUUCUACAAGUUAAUUUACUAUGACGUCACCUGCCACAAUAGGUAUGUUGCUGUAGCGAUUAUCAUGACUGCGAUUAGACAUUAUCUGCAGCAGCAUUAGCAGCAGGCGGACCCAUAGACCAGAUUGUAAAAUAUUAAAGUAAUAGUUGUACAGCACUGAAAUCUCCAACAUAAUGGGACAAUUAAUUAACAUGAUGAAUAUGUAAAUUCCAAUUAUUUAAGAUACAAUUAUUUUCAUGAAGCCUGAAUUACUCGUCUUCCAAAGUACAGCUGUUAUUGAUAAUAUAAUAUGUUAUAAUAUUAAUGAUCAUUAAUGAUUACAAUGGAUAUCCUUCUCUCGGGUCGAUCAAUAGACCUCUUUAACUAGGGCGUAAUGCUUUACAUUCCCUUGAGUAUCAUUUCAAAGAAUCCUAUUUUUAAAGGAAUACACGUGACCACGUGGUAUGAAAGGGACAAUUACGCGAAUAUGCAUUCACUGUAUGCUUUGCAGAGAUAAAAGUGCAAGGAUAAUCGAAAAAAUUUUUUAUAAGAAUUUGCUGCAAAAUAUUGAGGAAAACGUUUUGCGCUUUUCUUACUUUUAAUGACAUUCUGAAUGAAGUAUCAGUGUUGAGAUCCAGUGAAGUAGCAAUACGAAUAAUCUACUCUCUUGGAUAUCUGCAUACAUGUUAUAAACUAAAAAUAACAUGAAUAAUCUAACUUAGAAUAUAUAUGCAGUCUGCUUGUAAUGAUGUUUGAAAUAAUAUUAGUCUAUACAUCUUGCUCCAAAAAGACUGGUUGAUAUGGGCCAACUGGUCACGUGACUUGAUCAUGUGCCGCCAUAUUGGAUCGCAAAUAUCGUCAGUUGAUGCUUACAUCCACACUUGUCAAUAAUGCAACCUGUCACUGGCGUCCUUCAAGUCAGGGUCUCGACAAUUCCUUGUUGUCCUCCAAUAUGGCGGUACAUAAUCACGUUACAUACCAGGGUACUUCAUCUGUUACUGAUAUGUAGACUCCUUGCAUGUGACGUCAAAGGAGCCCAAUUUGGAGGACAAAAUAAUGGAAUUUCAAUCACAUGACAAUUAGCAGUCUGUAUUGUUAUGACCUCCAAAUUGAGCUGCAUUCCGACGUGCUGCAAAGAGGUCUAUAAGCUGAUGAGUAUUGAUGAGUAUUGCAAAAUCAACUCCACUAAUGGAGCAAAUCACAUGAAUAUAGCGGGUAAUAAUUAGUCGUCUCCACCAAUCACGAGUCUAUUCCUUAUCGAGGCUGGUGAUCAGCGACAUGAGUGUAAGGUUUCCUCACUGACCACGUGUCAUUCCCUUACGAAUAAGAUUCUUUGUUUGAACAGCCACAUCCAGUAUUAAUGUGCCUUGUCAAGCAUAGACCUGCUCUGCUGUUCUGUAAUAGUAAGCAUGGUGCAUUGUGGUCUAGCUUGGGUAUAAACAUCUUUGCAAUGCACCUCUCUUCAUAAAACUAGGAAAGACCUGUGUAAACAAAGACACGAUACUCAAGGGAAUGACACAUGGCCUGAAUUGAGCGACAAUACACCUAUGUAAAACGGUUUUUAGUUAUAGAAUUAUUACGAGUGACCAGAAAAGAAUGGAUCCAAGUCGAGGUUGGACAUAAUGAUAUACAGUAAAUGUAUGAACACACCAAGUCAAACCUCGACUUAGAGCUAUUGUUUCCUGUUCAAAAUUCGGGCAAGGUUUAUUGUUAACUAUAACAAUACGAUACAUAGAUAUAUGAUCAGUAUAUCAACUAUUUUACAAAGUAAUAUUAUAAUCAAGAACAGCAAUAAGGAUCCUGGUCAAUUUUCAAAGAUUGUGAUGUUUGUGUAAUUUUUCUAUCGUUUGUUAAAGUUCUCAAAAUGUUAUUUUAUAUAAUCUUUGUUGAAUUUAUCCGACAUGUAAAUAAAAGCCCUUUUGUUUUCCACUGGUUAUUUCAGUGGAGAAUUCGAGUGAGAA